AUGGCGCCAUUCAGAGACGAGGACGCGGUGGCUGUCAAGAUCCUGGAGCAGCCAUGGCAGGGCGAAAAAGUCCAUCAAAUCAGGACAGGCAAGAUAAAACCGGCCUUUGGGAUGAAAGAGCCAUCGGCCAUCUUCAAACAUAUCCGCACCGGACCCAUCAAGGUCACGACGUUGGGCUUCGAAGGAGACGAACACGCGUACGAGUUUCAUGGCGGGCCAGAAAAGGCCUUGCUGCAGUACAGUUCGGCCCACUACACGCGGUGGAAGCAAGAAUUGCCCCAGAGCGAAGACCUCUUCGUCACGGGCGGCUUCGGCGAGAACAUUGUCGCAGAGAAUGCGAACGAACGCAACAUGUGUAUCGGCGACGUGGUGCGCAUUGGGAACGUCGUCGCUCAAGUCUGCGAACCCCGACAGCCGUGCUACAAGCUGAACCACAGGUUCCAGGUCAAGGACAUGGCGAAACGAUCGCAGGACAUGUUCCGCACGGGAUGGUUCUAUCGCAUCCUCCAGCCGGGCACCAUCCAAGCCGGAGACGAGAUGGAGUUGUUGGAACGGCCCAACCCAGAGUGGACGGUGGCCAAAGUCCAAUACUACCUUUAUCACGACAUGAAGAAUGAAGACGCCAUGAAGACGCUGGUCGAGAUCAAAGAGUUGGGCGCUGAGCCGCGGGGCAUCUUUCUCAACCGGCUGAAAAAGCAGUACGAAGACCACAGUGGCCGUUUGGGCGGCGUGGCCAUGGACAUCUGGACCGAGUACAGGCUGGCGGAGAAGAAGAGGGAAACUCCAAGGAUUGCCUCCCUUGUCUUUGAGGCGAUCGAACCCCAGCAGAACCCCGAGCCCGUUCUGCCAGGAAGUCAUAUCAGACUGCGUCUUGGUGGGAAGCUGGUGCGCGCCUAUUCCGUCGUGUCAGGCGACUCGAACCGCUUCGAGUUGGCUGUGGCACUCAGUGAGACGAGUCGUGGCGGGUCACAUUACAUUCACAACCGGCUGAAGCUGGACGACGUUCUACAAGUCGGCAAGAUCACCUCGAGUUUCCCUCUAGCUGUCGACGCUGACAACCACAUCUUCGUCGCUGGCGGGAUAGGUAUCACGGCUUUCAUCGCAUCUGCCCAGCACUGUCGCCGGAUGGGAUAUUCUUACCAUCUGCACUAUCUCGUGCGGAACUCGGAGGAUAUCGCCUUGAGAGAAUAUCUCGCAGAAUUUGGCGAAGACGUCACGAUCUACGACAAAUCUGCCGGCAAGACCUUCGACACCAAAGAUGUCAUGAAGAAGGUCAACGACCGGGCACACGUUUACUGUUGCGGAUCCGAAAGGUUGCAAAAGGCUGUCACAGACACCGCGGCAUCGAUCGGAAUGAGCCCCGCGAAUCUUCAUUUUGAACAGUUCGAGGUCCCUACGUCCGGAGACCCAUUCACCGCCGAGCUCGCAGAUUCAGGGAAGACGGUUGAAGUGCAAGGAGAGAAGACGCUGCUUGACGCGCUGCGUGAAGCGGGGCUCGACGUUCCCUCGUCGUGUGAGGCAGGGAAUUGCGGUACGUGCAGAGUCGUCGUGAAGAGUGGUAGAAUAGAACAUAGAGGCACGGGACUGAUGGAAGACGAGAAGGCUUCGGCCAUGCUAAGUUGUGUGUCUAGAGGGGUUGGGACGAUCGUUCUAGAGUUAUGA